AUGGGUUCUUCUAAUUCUCCGUCAAUAUUCAAAGGCAUAAUCUACACGCCUCCAGACGCUAUCUUCGAGCUCACCAAAAAGUACAAUGCCGACCAAAAUGUCCUCAAAGUCAACCUGGGACAAGGAACCUACAAAGACGAGAAUGGAAAUCCAUGGAUUCUGCCGGCGGUACGAGUGGCCAAGGAGAAAAUAAAAGAGUCAAAUCAUGAAUAUCUCCCCAUUCUGGGUCUUUUGCCCUUUCGCAAGUUGGCUACAGAGCUGGUUUUUGGGUCGUCGGCGGCGGCGGUUCGAGAGAAGCGAGUUUCUUCAUGCCAGGCACUAUCAGGGACGGGCGCGCUGCAUGUUGCAGGCAAAUUGCUACACAAAGCACUCGGCAGCGACGCAACGGUCUACAUCACAAAUCCCAGCUGGUCAAACCACCGCCAGGUGUUUGAGUCUGUAGGUUUCCACGUUGAAGAAUAUACGUACUCAUCUCCAGAUACAGAUGGAGUAGACAUGUCUUCACUUCUUAAGACCCUCAACGAAGCGGCUCCCAAUUCAAUAUUUGUCCUGCAUGCCAGCGCUCAUAACCCUAGUGGGUGGGAUCCCAGUCCGGAACAAUGGAAAGUCAUCGGCAAAAUCAUGAAAGAGCGCCAGCUAUUCCCGAUAUUUGAUGCUGCCUAUCUAGGUAUCACAUCUGGAGACUAUGCCAAAGAUGCUUUUGCGAUUCGUUAUUUUGCCGAGGAGUUGUCACUCGAAUUAGCUGUCUGUCUUUCCUUUGCUAAGAGCAUGGGGCUUUAUGGCGAAAGAGUCGGUCUCUGUGCCUUCGUUUCUUAUUCGACCACUGCUGCCGAGGCCGUCGAGUCAACUUUGGCACAAAUGAUUCGCGUUGAGAUCUCCAACCCGCCCGCUUUCGGCGCUCGAAUCGUUGCUGCUAUUCUUGAAGAUGAGAUUAUUGCUACUGAAUGGAGUCGGAACUUGGUUACUAUGAGCUCCAGGAUUGCUGAAAUGCGAUCGCAGCUUUAUAAGGAGCUCAAGGAACUAGGCACCCCUGGAAAAUGGGAGCGGAUAACGAGGCAAAAGGGGAUGUUCUGCAUCUUGGGCUUGAGUCCUCAACAGGUUUCUGUUUUACAGGACCGAGGUGGAACAUUCACAGACUGUGUGUGCAAAGUUACUGGUCAAGAUGAUAUCGUCGUGAAAAUCCUCUCUGUGGACACCAAAAAUUAUUUCGAUGCUCCCACAGAGGCUAUUCGACGUGUUUUCGAGAAAUAUUAUGGGCGGCCAGUGCCGCGGGGCACUGAAUUAAACCUUAGCGAUGUAGAAUGGAUCCGAAUGGGCACAACAGUUGCUACGAAUGCUUUACUAGAGCGAAAAGGAGAACGAACAGCCCUCCUAGUAACGGCCGGAUUUAGAGAUAUCCUUCAGAUCGGAAAUCAAUCGCGGCCAUACAUGUUUGAUCUUGCCAUUCGACGACCCUCACCAUUGUACGAAGAUGUCUUCGAAGUCGAUGAGCGAGUUGUGUUACAGCGCUGUAGUGAUUCACAAGUCAGAUCUCUGUCUCUACAGUCUCCCCAGCCAGUCGAAACAGUGGAGGGUACUUCUGGUGAAUUUGUACAGGUCAUAAAACCACUGAACGUUGAAAGCACACGAGAAUAUUUGCAAAAUAUCUACGCAGGGGGUGUUCGAUCCAUUGCAGUCUGCCUUAUGCAUGCCUACAUUUUUCCGAGACACGAGAUUAUGAUUCACGACCUCGCGAAACAGAUUGGUUUCAAGCAUAUUUCACUUUCUCACCAAGUGUCGCAGCGCUCAAAGAUUGUCCCACGAGGAAACUCAACUGUCAUUGACGGCUAUCUCACGCCCGAGAUUGAAAAUUAUUUGUCAAAAUUUAGUGUCAGCUUUCCCACUCUUGGCCAAGGGCAUACUAAGCUGGAGUUCAUGCAGUCAGAUGGUGGUCUGGUGAAUGCCUCUGAACUUUCCGGCCUGCACGCAAUUCUCUCGGGUCCGGCAGGAGGAGUUGUGGGUUAUGCUCAGACUUCUUACAGUCUAGAGAGUAGGGUGCCGGUUAUCGGAUUCGAUAUGGGAGGAACAAGCACAGAUGUCUCUCGAUACGAUGGCAAACCGGAUCAUAUAUUCGAGACUACAACAGCCGGUAUACCUAUACAAGCACCCCAGCUCAAUAUCAAUACAAUUGCAGCUGGUGGCGGGAGUAUCCUUGCCUGGAAAGACUCACUCAUGGCAGUCGGACCCGAAAGUGCUUCGUCACACCCAGGCCCUGCCUGUUACAGAAAGGGCGGUCCUCUCACAGUAACUGACGCGAACUUAGCUUUAGGAAGAUUGAUCCCAGAGCAUUUUCCUUCCGUGUUUGGACCUAAUGAGGAUCAGCCAUUGGAUCGCGAGAUUGUAUUGACAAAAUUCAAAGAGUUGACUGUGGUCAUCAACCAAGAUACUGGCAAGUCGCUGACGUGGGCUGAAGUGGCAGACGGCUUUCUUCAAGUCGCAAAUUCAUCAAUGUGCGGUCCAAUUCGCAGUCUUACCGAGGGAAGAGGACAUGAAGCUUCUAAACAUCACCUUGCCUCUUUUGGGGGUGCUGGCGGACAGCAUGCGUGUGCUAUUGCCGAGACUUUAGGAAUCAAGCAAGUGCUUAUUCACAAGUACUCUUCGAUUCUGUCCGCAUAUGGCAUUGGCUUGGCGGAUGUUGUCCACGAAGAGGAGAAACCAUGUGCGAAAGUUUUUGAUGAGUCCACAAAGAACACCAUUCUCUCUGAUCUAGACCUCUUAUCACAGAGUGCCCUGAACCAUCAUACCAUGAGUCGUUUCUCUCGAGUUGACGAUAACCGAUUCCUCUUCAUGCGAUAUGACGGUAGUGAGACUUCAAUGAUGAUAGCCGUCACUGAAGGUGUUGAUCCAAAGGAAGCUUUUAUUGAUGCUCAUCAAAAACAAUUCGGUUUCACCCCUAUCAACCGGAAGAUUUUUGUAGACACGCUUCAUGUCCGAGCUAUUGGUAAAAACUUCUUUGAUUCUAAGGCCACAGUCGGGGGUGCAUCAAAGGUCGCGCCGAACGGCUCGAUUAUAAAGCCUGAUUCAAUAAAGAGUGUCUACUUCAAAUCUUUGGGAUGGGUUGACACCCCGGUGUACCUUCUGGGCGCUCUCUCACAAGGUCAACAAUUAGCAGGCCCAGCUCUUAUCGUCGACGACACCCAAACCAUCGUCGUGAACCCCAAAUGUGCCGCCACGCUUGUCAAAGAUUUAUUGAUUAUAGACGUAAAAGAAGAAAAGAAGUCGAUCAGUGCCACUAUUCUCGAUCCGGUUCAACUCUCCGUCUUCCGACAUCGCUUUUACGGCAUUGCCGAACAAAUGGGACGAGUUUUACAAAAUAUCAGCGUCAGCGCGAAUAUUAAGGAACGACUCGAUUUCAGCUGUGCCAUUUUCUCUCCAGACGGUUCUUUGGUGGCUAACGCUCCGCAUGUUCCAGCCAUGAUUGGUAGUAUGGGGUUUGCAGUCAAGUCACAAAUCAAAGAAUGGCAGGGAAAGCUUCGGGAUGGAGAUGUGUUAUUGUCAAAUUCACCAGCGUUCGGAGGAGUCCAUCUUCCUGAUUUGACCGUCAUUACUCCUGUGUUCGAUUCUGAAGGGAAGGAAAUCAUUUUCUGGACAGCCUCUCGCGGGCAUCAUGCGGAUGUCGGUGGUAUCCUUCCCGGAUCUAUGCCUCCUUCAUCCAAACGCCUGUGGGAGGAGGGUGCCGUUUUCGAUUCUUUCCUCCUCGUUCGCGACGGCAAGUUUGCGGACGAGGAGCUUGAACGGAUCCUCUGUGAAGAGCCUACCAAAUACGCCGGGUCAAGUGGUUCAAGAUGUUUUCAGGACAACGUUACAGACAUCAAGGCUCAAGCAGCGGCCAACCAUUGCGGUAUCCGCUUGGUUCGACAACUGAUCGAUGAAUAUACUAUGGAUGUGGUUCAGAUGUAUAUGAGAGCAAUUCAAGAUUCGGCUGAGCUGGCAACACGUAAUCUUUUCAAGGGGCUACUCAAGGAGAACAGCAGCUCGAAAAUUUCUGCCAUUGAUUACAUGGACGAUGGGACUCCGAUCCAACUGGAAGUUACUAUCAACGAAGAUGGCUCCGCUAUAUUUGACUUUACAGGAACUGGCCCUGAGGUUUAUGGAAAUUGGAACGCCCCCGUGGCCAUUUGUAACUCGGCUGUUAUAUUCGCUCUUAGAUGCAUGGUCGACUCGGAUAUUCCCCUGAACCACGGCUGUAUCAAACCAAUCACAUUGGUCAUCCCUGAACACUCCCUCCUGAAACCCAGCGUCGGCGCAGCGGUAUGCGCCGGAAAUGUCCUAACAUCUCAAAGGAUCGUUGAUGUCAUUUUCAAAGCAUUCAAGGUCUGUGCUGCUAGCCAGGGCUGUAUGAACAACUUCACCUUUGGCAUCGAUGGAAAAGACGGAUUCGGAUACUACGAGACCAUUGCAGGCGGCAGCGGAGCAGGACCAACCUGGAACGGUACCAGUGGUGUUCACACAAACAUGACUAACACACGUAUCACCGACCCGGAGUCUUUAGAACGACGAUACCCCGUCGUCCUCCGUCAAUUCUCCUUCCGCGAUGAUAGUGGUGGGAAGGGCGCCUACCAGGGUGGCGAUGGUGUCAUUCGCGACGUAGAGUUUCGUAUCCCCAUGUCUGCUUCUAUACUGUCGGAGCGUCGUACUUUUGCGCCAUAUGGUAUGCAAGGAGGCUCUGAUGGACAAAGGGGUCGAAAUAUCUGGAUUGCGAAGAAAUCAGGUCUGCACGUCUCGAUUGGUGGCAAGAAUUCGGUUAACGUGGAGCCUGGGGACCGAAUGGUGAUUGAGACGCCUGGUGGAGGAGGAUAUGGAGAAAUCGACAAGCUGAACGCGCAGCUAGACAUUUCCACGACCGGUCCUUCGUUCAUCCCCGUUGCAAGUGGAAGUGUUGGAGAGUCUCGCGUUCUCGCUGAGCAGGUAUAA